UUGUGACAGCGGAUUGGGAAACCCUACCCGUCCAGAUUUUUGCACACUACCGAAAAUUUAAGCCGAGAUAUUUUUUUAGCAAGCUUGUCAAUAUCCCAUUCUUCAAAAACCAUGCCACGCAUCGUCGUUCUCAUUUCAGGCAGUGGUACCAAUUUGCAAGCUAUUAUAGAUGCCACUCAACGAGGUGAUCUGAAGGCCGAAAUCGCUUUGGUGGUGUCUAACAAGCAAGCUGCUUAUGGCUUGAAGCGGGCUGAAGCUGCGGGUAUUCCUACCAAGGUGUUCUCGCUUAAGCGAUUCAAGGACCAAGGCAAAUCUCGCGUUGAAUUUGACGUUCAUGUUGCCAACUCCAUUGCUGAAUAUAAACCCGAUUUGGUCGUCCUUGCUGGUUGGAUGCAUAUCUUGUCACCAGAGUUCUUACAAGUCUUCCCCAACAAUGUCAUCAACCUCCACCCUGCUUUGCCCGGUCAAUUUGACGGAGCACACGCCAUUGAACGCGCUUACGACGCUUUUAAGAAGGGAGAGAUUACCGAGACCGGCGUCAUGGUGCACAAGGUCAUCGCUGCCGUCGAUCAAGGUCAAGUCAUCAUGAAGGAGCCUGUGCCAAUAUACAGCUCUGACUCACUGGAAGAUCUUGAGAAUAGAAUUCACUCAGUUGAACAUGGAUUGAUCGUCAAAGGUGCUCAAGCGUUCCUCGAUCAACUUACUUCAUCAUAGAUCGAUCGAAUAUCUACAUAAUAUUGUUUGUCCUGUCGUGCCUCUAUCACACAGUAACAGCCCCGCCUUGGUUUUCACCCAUUCACCCUCCCUCCUGAGCUAUUUCCUCA